AUGUAGCGAAUGUCCCGACUGCGCCCCGCACUCGGCGCCCGGGACGGCCAGGGGGGAAGAUGGAGAGCGGCCCGCGCCGCCGCGGCCGCCUCCGCCGCUGAGCCGCGCCGUGCCGACCCCCGGAGGGCGAGCGGCGGCGCCAGGCGCCCCGGGGAGACACUGUCAGUCUGCAAAAUGAUGAUUCCACAGAUUUUCAUUUUCUGUAGGAAAUGUGAAGAUUGUGAGCUGAAGUAAAACUUUGGCAGAAAUCUCUUGAGAAUUUUGCCUUUUCUUCUUCUCUUUGAAGGAUUAUGUUUACAGGAAAUUGAUACCAUCAAGUGACACUUUUUCAAAAUAAUUUAAAAGAAACAAAGAAUAAAGCUGUAUUUAUGCUCAGAGAAAACUGGAUUAACAAUGAGGCCAAAGACUUUUCCUGCUACGACAUAUUCUGGAAACAGCAGACAAAGGUUACAAGAGAUUCGAGAAGGUUUAAAGCAGCCAUCCAAAUCUUCAGGUCAGGGACUACCGAUUGGAGCAGGCAGUGAAACUUCUCUGGACCCUAAGAUUUUAAUAGGGAAGGAUGCUGCAAGGCAGCAGCAGAUGAGACAAACGCCCAAGUUUGGACCAUAUCAGAAAGCUCUGCGAGAAAUCAGAUAUUCUUUGCUGCCCUUUGCUAAUGAGUCGAGCACCACAGCAGCCGUGGAAGUCAACAGGCAGAUGCUCCAGGAACUGGUGAAUGCAGGUUGUGAUCAGGAGAUGGCUGUUCGGGCACUGAAGCAGACAGGGAGCAGGAGUAUUGAAGCAGCCCUGGAGUACAUCAGUAAGAUGAGCUACUUGGAUCCUAGAAAUGAACAGAUAGUACGUGUAAUUAAGCAAACCUCACCAGGAAAGGGUAUUGUGCCAAAUAAUGUAACCCGCAGGCCGAGCUUUGAAGGAUCAAAUGAAUCUUUUCCGUCCUACCAUCAGAUCAGUAAUGCAGCCUAUGAAGGGACAGGCUUUGGAGCAGAAGGUGCAAAUAUACUUACUGAAGUUCCAAGGCCCUACAUGGACUAUUUAAUCUCUACUUCUCAGUCUUCAGCUAUGAGUGCUCCUGUGCAGCGACCCUCUGGAGUGGGCACUCACAGCACACCAACGAGCCACCAGCAGAAAGCAUACCCUGCAAAUAUGGAGUCUUCUGUGAUUAAUUAUCCAGUGGCUAAUCACAGCAGCCAGGCCUUGCAGCUGCAGGCAUCUCAUGGCUCCAACAGCCAACAUUACAGUAGACAGCACAUGAUGGUGCAGGGGGAACCUAUGGGAUAUGGUGUUCAGCGGAGUCCAUCCUUCCAAAACAAGAUGCAGCAGGAGGGAGGAUAUGCCAAUCUCCCAAAUAAAGGGGCAGUUGUUCAGAACAGUGCUGGUCAUGCAUUUCAGCAGGCACCAGCAAGCCUGUAUAUCUCACAUUCUCAUCACAAGCAGACAAGUCCUUCUUCUCAUCAAAUGCAUGUGAUAUCCAGAGGUCCAGCCUUUGCUAAUGAUUUUUCAGACAGUCCACCACAAAAUCUAUUAACUCCAUCUAGAAAUAGCCUAAACAUGGACCUCUAUGACAUGAAUAAUCCUCAAGUUCAGCAGUGGCAGGCAGCAACCCCGUCACGCAGAGAUUCUUUACAAAACCCGGGAAUAGAAGCAUCUCCACGGCAACACGUAUCCUUCAGACCUGAUGCCACAGUGCCAAGCAGAACAAACUCCUUCAACAACCACCAGCAACAGCCACAAGUGACAGUGUCUAUGAGGCAGGUUCCUCCAGGAAAACCUGAUCCUUCCAUUGCAUCUCCAAACACAAUCACGGCAGUCACAUCUGCUCAUAUCCUCCAGCCAGUGAAGAGCAUGCGAGUGAUGAGGCCCGAGCCUCAGACUGCAGUGGGACCUUCCCAUCCUGGCUGGUUGCCUGCGCAGGCACCGGCUGUGGAUGGCUUGGAGAUCAUGGAGCAGCACGUGCCACCAUCUGGAGCAGCUAAUGCCUAUCAGCUAGAUGUGGAUUACGGUAACCAGGAACUGCGGUGUCCACCACCACCCUAUCCCAAGCAUUUGUUACUUCCUGGCACCUCUGAGCAGUUUGAUGUCAACUGCUUGUGCAUGGGCGUGGAGCAGACUCUGCGUGUGGUCCCCAGUUCAACGAGCAAUAAGGCUGAAGAGAGCAACGAGCGAAAUGAUAAAAACAGCAAGAACACUAAAGCUGAAAAACCAAGCAAGGAUAAAAAGCAGAUUCAGACAUCUCCGGUGCCUGUACGAAAAAAUGGCAAAGAUGAGGAAAAGCGAGAAUCCCGAAUAAAGAGCUACUCACCUUUUGCCUUCAAGUUCUACAUGGAGCAACAUGUAGAGAACGUCAUAAAGACCUACCAGCAGAAAAUUAAUAGAAGGUUACAAUUGGAGCAAGAAAUGGCAAAAGCUGGCCUCUGUGAAGCAGAACAGGAACAAAUGAGGAAAAUUCUCUACCAGAAGGAGUCUAACUACAACAGACUUAAAAGGGCCAAAAUGGACAAAUCUAUGUUUGUGAAAAUCAAGACUCUGGGUAUUGGUGCCUUUGGAGAAGUGUGCCUGGCCUGCAAAGUGGACACCCAUGCCCUGUAUGCCAUGAAGACUCUGCGAAAGAAAGAUGUGCUGAACCGGAAUCAGGUGGCUCAUGUCAAAGCAGAGAGAGACAUACUUGCUGAGGCAGACAAUGAGUGGGUGGUUAAACUCUAUUAUUCCUUCCAAGAUAAAGACAAUUUGUACUUUGUGAUGGACUACAUCCCUGGUGGGGAUAUGAUGAGCCUACUGAUUCGGAUGGAGGUCUUCCCAGAGCGUCUGGCUAGAUUUUAUAUUGCAGAGCUCACUUUGGCCAUAGAGAGUGUGCACAAAAUGGGAUUUAUUCAUCGAGACAUCAAGCCUGACAACAUUCUGAUAGACCUCGAUGGGCAUAUCAAACUGACUGACUUUGGACUGUGUACUGGAUUCAGGUGGACUCACAAUUCAAAAUACUAUCAGAAAGGGAGCCAUAUCAGGCAAGACAGCAUGGAGCCCAGUGAUCUUUGGGAUGAUGUGUCCAACUGUCGAUGUGGAGAUAGGCUGAAGACAUUGGAACAAAGAGCUAAGAAGCAGCACCAGAGAUGUCUGGCCCACUCGUUAGUUGGAACCCCUAAUUACAUUGCUCCUGAAGUCCUGCUUCGUAAAGGAUACACUCAGCUCUGUGACUGGUGGAGUGUUGGUGUGAUCCUCUUUGAGAUGUUAGUGGGACAGCCUCCUUUCCUGGCUCCUACACCCACAGAAACCCAGCUGAAGGUGAUAAAUUGGGAAAGCACACUGCACAUUCCCUCACAGAUCAAGCUGAGCCCUGAGGCAACUGAUCUUAUCACAAAGCUCUGCUGUGCUGCUGAGGACAGGCUUGGAAGAAAUGGAGCAGAUGAUAUUAAAGCCCAUUCUUUCUUUCACUCUAUGGACUUCUCUACCGAUAUCCGUAGGCAGCCAGCUCCCUAUGUUCCAAAGAUCAGCCAUCCAAUGGACACUUCAAAUUUUGAUCCAGUUGAGGAAGAAAGUCCUUGGAAUGAUACUAGUGGUGACAGCACCAGGACCUGGGAUCCACUAGCCUCUUCCAACAGCAAACACACAGAACAUGCUUUUUACGAGUUUACUUUCCGAAGAUUCUUUGAUGACAACGGCUAUCCGUUCAGGUAUCCCAAACCUUCUGGCAUGGAAGUUUGCCAGUCUGAGAAGUCUGAUGUAGAAGACAAAGGUGUGGUGGAUCAGACUGGAGCUUGUCAGCCUGUAUAUGUGUAAAUUAUUGUAUAGAGUACCAGAUAAAACUAAUCUCAAAUCCAAUAGGGCCCUUACCUGAUCCUUUAGGAGCUGAUCCUGCAGCACUUGGUCAGAUGUACCUUCAGCUGAGGCUGGAGACAUCCUGGGGAGUAAGAAGCUUGCAGGGCCAGCUCCUAAAGAUAGCACUCUUGAAAGUUCAGGUCAGUUCUACUGUAAAUAACUUUGUUGAUAAUUACACUUGAAAUCCUGGUCUUCACCAAAAUCUGCAAGGCCAGCAGUCUGUCGUUUCUAGGCCUAUUUUUAUUUGAGGUCAGCAUCCCCCUUACUCAGAUUAACAUUUACAGACUUCUGCAACUGUCAGCGUUAUUUUUUAAAUGAAUAAAGAGCACUUAUAUUUUGUUUAUAGCAGGGUUUUUUUCCUACUAAAUUAUAGGGAUUAACUUUGACAAAUCAUGCUGCUGUUCUUCUUUUCUACAUUUUUAUUUUAUCCCUAGCACUUACUUCACAUUUAGGAAGAUGCAUUAAGCUGAAGAACAUGUGAUGAGAGGUCUCUGUGCAAUAAUGUAAGAAAGAUAAAAAAAAAGGAAGAGAAAUGAAAAAAAGAAAACUGCUCUCUAAUUUUCUAAAUUUACUGAUGCCAUUGUAUUCACACCGUGAUUUUUGUUUUUAUAUGUAUUUUCCACAUUUCAAAAUUGUGACGUAACCUUAAAGCUGCUUUAUUUCCUUCUGCUUAUUGGAGUGUAAUAGAAAGUGUGAGCAAGUGGCAACUUGGGUGUGAUUUCAUUGUCUAGUGUGUGAAGAAUGUUGCAUGAGCAGUGUUUUUCUAUUUGAAAUGGCCUUUUCUUGCCAUUCACAGGCAGGUCCUGUGGAUCCAUUUUUCUAAGGGUCUAAAAUUAGACCAUUUUAAACCGUGUGUUGAUAAUGUAUUGUGUGGAUGGUUUCCUCUUAUGAUUGUAUCCAAUAUUAAUUUUGUAAAACAGAUUGCAAAGGUUAUACCUGAGUAGUGAUGUUGUGGUCUGAUGUAACAGAUGGUUUUAGUAAGCACGUGUCAUGGGCACACACGUUUCCCCACCGAGGAUCAGCAGCCAGACCAUUACAACGGAGCAGAUUUCUGGGGAGAGCCUGGAUGGGGCUGGCUCAGGCAGGGAGCAGCACAGUGGCCGUGGCUCCAGCUGGCAGAGGCAGCACAGCGUCCAAACCGGAGCGUCUCCCAAAGCGGGGCUCCCGUAACACAUCGAGGCCCCGGGUGCAGCGAGGCUGAGGCUGAGGCUGGGUGCCUGCAGCUCCAUGGACACCUACGGGACCUGGAGGUACGUGGCUUUCCACACAUCACAUCCCCACACGUAACUGGCUGUGUAUCCAUUUAGGAUCCUAGUGUUUUGGGCACUGACAUCGGAAAAUGUUGGCAUUGUUGGUAGGUCAUUCUGUCCUGUUGUCCAGAGGUUAAAAUGUUGCUGUGAUGGAGCACAAUAGGCCUUCAUUUCUGUCAAAUUAUAGGCAUACUUUGAAAUAUCAGUUCUUAACUAUGUUAAAAUAUGCAUUUUUUUCUUGUAUGUAUAAGUGAGAAUUAUUCAAGAUGAUAUCAGAAUACUAAAGAUAAUUAAGCCAUAUGUAUUUGCAUAUAUAUUAUAUAUAACUAAAUAAGUAAACACACACAAAAAUCCUUAAUUCAGAUUAGUGUAACAGUCCUAUUUAAAGUGAUUGACCUAAUAACAUUUGGGGAAAACACUCCUUUAAUGUGUUUUUGCUUUAUUUUAUUUUUAAAUCUGGAGCUUCGUUAUUUUUUCCAUAUAUUAUUCCACAUAUUAUUCCUUAAUGUUUUAGCAUAUCCUAUCCUAUCCAUUGUUUAGAUAUCUAAGCAACAACAUAUGAAUUCAUCAGCCUAAACUAAACAAAAAUGAUUGUGUAUUUGUUUACAUUUGUAUGAAAGGAAUGUUCUGAGGUAUGCAGUGCUUGUGUCGUGACAGUUCAUGUAAGAUUCAGUAUUACUGCUUUUUUAUAUAGUAAUGCCAUUUUUUUGUUAUUUACAUCUAUCUGACAUUCUUUCAUGUGGUAGGUUCUUUCUCAGGAACUCAAUUUAACUGUUAUUUAUUGAUAUAUCAUUGCCUUUGAAAGCUUCUACUGGCAGAAUUUAUUAAAAAUCUGAAUCAAAAUCUA